AUGAGGCCCAACUAUUUCCUACCAGUCCUCGCGGCCGCGGGCAUUGAUGCGCUCCCCCUAUCAUCCAGCCUGCCCGAUGAAAGCACAUUUGGCAUGUGCUUCUCCAACGCGGAGUGUUCUGGUUCAACUCCCAUCUGCUACGACUACACUUCCACCUGUGUUGGCUGCGUCGUCAGCAGCAAUUGUGGAGGGUUCACUCCCAUUUGCGACACCGACACGUUGACUUGCGUCGCGUGUAUUUCAAGCGACGACUGCCCCGGGCUGAACGACCUCUGCGACCCCAUCACUCUGAGAUGUGUUGGUUGUAUCUCGGAUGCCGAGUGUUCAGGCUCGACUCCUGUUUGCGACCCAGAUAGUCGCGUGUGCGUUGCAGGAGUCACCAGCCCUACCGAACAGCCGGAAGAGCCCAUCGAAGAAACCGAGGACGAAACCUCGGAGCAGCCCGCGAACGAGGCUGUGGAGGAACCUGAGGAUGAUGCUCUGGAGCAACCUUUGGGAGAGCCUCACCCUAUACUCGACAGCCCCAGCGAUUCGGAUCUCCCUCCCCCCACUACGGAUGCUGAUCUCCCACCCCCGGAUCAUCCUCUCACCCCAGAUCUCUAG